AGUUUUGGGGCUUCGCCACUAGUCUUAAAAAGAAGUAUGUCAUCAUCAUCAACAGCAGCAGCAGCCCGCGCAGUAUCAUCCUCAUCCCAUAAAGAUUUGGAUUACGAUUACCUUGUGAUAGGUGGUGGUAGUGGAGGUAUGUCAUCCUCUCGUCGGGCUGCUGGAUAUCGUACACCCGAGAAUCCUCUUAAAGUGGGUCUUAUCGAAAGGGAUGUUGACCAUAUGCUCGCUGGAACAUGUGUCAAUGUCGGUUGCGUGCCUAAGAAGCUAACUUGGCAUGCUGCUACUAUGAAUGAGAUCUUCCAUCGAGACGCUGGUCAUUACGGUUUCCAAACUGCGGAAGGCGGCCGUAACGCUCCUGUGAUCGAUUACAGCACGUUCAAAGCUAGAAGGGAUGAGUACCUUGCUGGUCGGCGGACUUUCUAUCAAAAUCUACUCAAGGAAGCUGGGGUUGACUUGAUCCGUUCCGCUGGUCGUAUUGUUGGUAAUGAGAGUGAUAACGAUAAGGUGACCAUCCAGCUCGAUGAUGGUAAGAAGCUUACUGCUGGUCACGUCCUUAUCGCUUGUGGAGGUCAACCCGAAACCCCUGAUAUCGAAGGGAAGGAGUUUGUGAUUGAUUCUGAUGGUUUCUUCCAAUUGGAGAAGAUACCUAAGAGUGUUGUAGUAGCUGGUGCUGGUUAUAUCGCUGUAGAGUUGGCCGGCAUUUUUAAUGCCUUUGGUGCCGAUACCACACUUACUGUUAGACGUCAUAAGGCUUUACGUACCUUCGAUGAAGAUAUAUCCGAUGAAUUGAUGGUACAGAUGAAGAAGUCCGGAAUGAAGGUGGUGACACAGUUUGUCCCCAAGAAGGUUACUAAGGAUGAAUCUACUGGUAUCCUCACUCUUGUUGCCGAGUCGGGGGCUGAGAUCUCUGCGGAAUGUAUUGUUAUGGCUGCUGGUAGAAGUGUUAAGCCCAAUGUCGAAGCUAUCGGAUGUAAGGGUAUUAUGGACCUCACUCCUAAGGGGUACAUCAAGGUUGAUAAGUAUCAGAACACCUCCAUGCCACGGGUAUACGCUGUUGGAGAUGCUGUUGGCAACUUUGAGCUCACUCCGGUCGCUAUUGCUGCUGGUAGAACUUUAUCAGACCGGUUAUUUGGACCCUUCAAGGAUACAAGUAACCUGUACAUAGACUAUGAGACUAUUCCUACUGUGGUUUUUGCCCAUCCGCCGAUUGGUACUUGUGGUCUCACAGAAGCUCAAGCCGUUGAGAAGUAUGGUAAGGAUAAUCUUAAGAUCUAUCGUUCAAGGUUUGUGAAUCUCUAUUAUGGUAUAUUCCAAGUAGAGCCCUCUGAUAAGCCAAAGACUUUGGUAAAAGUAAUCUGUACCGGUCCAGAGGAGAAGGUUGUUGGUCUUCAUGUCAUCGGUAUGGGUGCUGAUGAGCUUUUACAAGGCUUUGCAGUAGCCAUGAGGAUGGGUGCCACUAAGGCUGAUCUUGAUCGUACUGUUGCUAUACAUCCUACUGCUGGUGAGGAGAUUGUUACUCUAGCACCUUGGGGACCUAUGUCUAAGCAUUAGAUCAGCUGAUGUUUUGGUUUCUUUUAGUUUCUUAUCAUUCACAUUAUAGCAGAUU